UCCUCAUUUUGAAACACCAUUAGAGAUGCUUUAACACUGUACUGUCCUCGUUGGUGCACGUUAGCAUAACUCCAAACUGCAUUAUCAUUGGCCGUUAUGCGUUCAACAAAGGCUUAGGGUUCCGGACUCAGCGGAGGCGUCGCCACCGGAGAAAGUCGGAUCUUCUAAUUUGCAGAUCAGAUGGGCGAAGAAGACACCGCGGAAUUGGAUCAGAACAGUUAUAAUGGUGGCGAAGAUUCUUCCAAAGUGCUUACAUUGCCCACCGUAUUAACCCUCGGCCGUGUCGCCGCCGUUCCGAUCCUCGUCGCGACCUUCUACGUUGAUUGCUGGUGGGGGAGAACUGCCACAACGAGUAUCUUCAUUGCAGCUGCCAUUACAGAUUGGCUUGACGGGUACAUUGCGAGAAAGAUGAGAUUAGGCUCUGCGUUUGGUGCUUUUUUGGAUCCAGUUGCAGAUAAGCUUAUGGUAGCAGCAACGUUGAUACUGCUGUGCACUAAACCUAUGGACGCUGUUGUUUUUGGACCAGUUCCUUGGUUAGUGACUGUACCUUCCAUUGCUAUCAUUGGUAGAGAGAUUACUAUGUCGGCAGUAAGAGAGUGGGCUGCAUCUCAGAACGGCAAGCUUUCGAAGGCUGUUGCUGUAAAUAGCUUGGGAAAGUGGAAAACUGCAACGCAGAUGAUAGCGCUGACCAUACUGCUUGCAAGCCGGGAUAGCAGUUUUGAGAGGCUAUUACCGCCUGGUAUUGGGUUGCUCUAUGUAUCUGCAGGUCUCUCUAUAUGGUCUUUAGUUGUUUAUAUGAGACAGAUUGUGAGAGUACUGCUAAAGAAGAAGUAGCGAGAUUGCUUUUCUGGCUUUUGCGUUCAGUAUAUACACAUAGAAUGGAAGACUCGCCCAUCAGCAUUUACAUCUCUUCUUGAAGAAAGCACUAUAAGACUCUUAUGAUGCUUUAGUUCUGUUUUCAACUUUGGGUACUGCGAUCAUACUCAGCUUGGUUUGGUUUUGUAUAAUCUCUCUGAAUCACGUUGCUCCUUGCUCGCUGCACACUGAUUUUUACUGAAGCAGGCAGCACGAAUUUUUUGGACAAUGAAGGAGAAAGCAAGCAGGUGCAGUUUCAUUCUAGUUGGAGACUUGCUUGGGCUCAUGAACUCUUGAGAUAAUGAAAUAGAACAGUUGUUGCAUGUGUUAUGUAGAUUCUUUUUCAAUCUUUUCCUGAUACAAUAUAAACAUAUAUAAAAACAAAUCUUUGAUAUAA